AUGAAGCUUCUGCCUGUCCUCACCUUUGCGGCAUUCACCUACGGGAAAAUUAUCUAUGCCGGUGUCAAUGAGUCCGGAGGUGAAUUCACUACCAAUCAUAUCCCUGGUACCUUUGGCGUCGACUACUCCUUCAUCAACAAGUCGACUGUCGACAUUUUUGUUGACCAAGAAAAAAUCAAUCUUUUCCGAGUUACCCUCCUCAUGGAGCGCAUGUGCCCUCUAAGUACAGGACUAGGAAGCAGGUUCAAUGAGACCUAUUUCUCGGAGUUCGCAGAUGCGAUAAACCAUAUCACUGUAACAAAAGGCGCAUACGCGUUAUUGGAUCCGCAUAAUUACAUGCGAUACAACGAUCCCUCGGGUCAACCGUUCACCGGAAGCGUCAUUGGCAAUAGCUCGGACCCCACGGCAGCGACCACGCAGCAGUUCAAACAGUUCUGGACUGAGCUAGCCAGAAGAUUUGUUCGCAACCCCAAGGUCAUUUUUGGCAUAAAUAAUGAACCGCACGAUAUGCCCACCGAGCUCAUUCUUGCGAACAACCAAGCAGCCAUUGACGGUAUCCGUUCCACUGGUGCUCGACAGCUCAUCCUUGCUCCCGGUAAUGGCUUCACUGGCGGUCAUACAUGGACACAGAUCACUGGGAACGGGGACGCGCCAAGCAGCGACUUUUUGAACAAGUUAAGGGAUCCAUUGCAUAAUACCGGGAUUGACAUCCACGAGUAUCUCGACGUUGACUUCUCUGGACAACACGAUAACUGUACACAGCCGGGUCCCGAAAAUCUCGCGGCAGUUACGGCUUGGCUCAAAGAAAACAAUCUUAAGGCUGUACUCAGUGAAUUUGGGGGAGGAAACAACGAUGGUUGUCGACAGGCGUUGGACGAUCUUUUGAAAUAUCUUGCUGCGAAUGACGUAUGGAUCGGUUGGACAAUGUGGGCCGCCGGACCAAUCUGGGGAACAAAUUCUCCUUGUUGUGGAGCUGACACAGGCAGCUUGGAGCCCGGAGAUUUGGAUGUCCUGGGAGAGCCCAACGCGUUCACUACCAUAUGGAAACCAACUAUCAGACCUAAUAUUCCUGUGCGCGAUCUGAAGAGGAGUGGGGUGUCCAGUUUGCAAUAA